AUGGCCGCCACUCGAAGAGGCCAAGCGCCCUUGAAUAUCGACCUUCCCGGCGGCCACUCUAAUUCGGAUCUGCCCCCCAUUUCUGCCCUCUUCCUUAUCUAUUUCGACAUUAAGGCAGGCUACACGAUUGGGUGGAAGCGGUCUUUCCCAGGCGUAGAGCUCGAAGGAGUGGUGGAAUACAAGAGUUUGCCCUCUGGACUACAUACUGUGAAGGAGGAUCUGAUAUACUUCGUUCAUGACAAUCAUGCCGGGCUCAGCGCAUUCGUCAAUGCGCCGGCCGCAGAGGAGUCGAGAAAUGCUCGCAUGAUAGCCGUGGGGAUAAUGGUCCCUCUUAUUUAUGGAAGAUUAGGCAGGGCUUGGAAGCACGCUGAGGCGUUGAAGGAAAUGGCAAAUGAGCUAAUCCUGGACAUUACGGACACCGAUGUGUUGGAAGAAUUCUGGAAGGAACACAAGGCAAAUGGUCUCUCGCCAGAUGUCGAGACUGAAUCGCUCGUAGAUACACCUACAAGCGCACAAUUUAAACCUAUACGGACAACACCUGGACAUCCCCCUAGAGGAAAUGCUAGGAACCGGUCGGCAUCAGAUGGAACUGCGUUAUUGCCUCCCGGCCAGACACUCGCUCCGUAUCAUCCAGCUUGGAGCUUGCCGCACCUCUUGGAAGCAUUUGGCCCUUUGAUAUUCCCGAUACAUCGUGCUGCGAUAUUACGGAAACGAAUACUGAUAACUGCACAUGCACCUGUUCAGGAGACUUGUAAUUUUGGUGGGAAUCUAUUCCUAUAUGAUAUUUCGAUUCUCUCAAAUAUACCCCUCGCUGUUAGCGAUUUACUAGUAUCUACAGCCCCCCCUCAAAGACUACGACCCCUAUUCUCAAUCGGAGUUCAUGAUAUUCCCCUAUUGGAAGAAGAUCUCCGCGCCGCAAAAGCAGCAGCAGCUACACCCGGCUCAGAGGAAACGGGAAGCAGGGACGAGCCAGGAUGUGGAUGGAUAGCCUGCACAACUGAUAGCAUCCUCGCCAUGAAAAGCUCACUCUACGAUGUUCUAAUCACAAUGCCGCCACAAUAUUCCGAAAAUGCCACGGAUAAAGUUUGGCCAAAAGUCGAAUCGCCCCAAGGCAUUGAGAUGAAAGCAACCCAAAGAGAUCUCCGCCGCUACAAAACCCUCCGCUGGGGUCUCUCUCGGCACGCCUCACCCCCAUCUAGCCCAACACCAAAACGAGCCAGCACCGAGCCCCAAGAACCCGAAACGCCCCGCGGAAGCACAUCAAGCACCUCUCACCCAGUCAACGACCUCAUGCUCGACCUCCCCGAUACAGACGACAUAGUUGAGCCCCUCUCUUGGGCAGCCCUCGCGUACUCCGGGUUCAUGUGGUGGGCUUCAGCAGGCGAGCAACGCUUACAUUCAGACGAAGAAGCAGACUCGGACGCUGCAUUGCUUUCAGGAUUAGCAAUCUCGCCCUCAACGCCCAACACCAUCCGCCCACUAUCUCAGUCAAGCACCUUACUAAGCAUGCGUCCUCUAAAAGACGAGAGCGCGAAGCAGGCAAUGGCCAUCGUAGCCUACUUCCACCGUCUCACAACCCAAAUUCUAUCCACGCUCAGCGACAUUGUCGAUGCCACGGACUCAGAUGACGAACGUGAAGACGAGGCGCAGGCUUUGACAGAAGAUGAAAAUGAUGGGCCGGCUGUGUAUAUUAGUAGCGUUGAUAUGGAGCGUAUGGGGCUUGAUAUUUGGAGCGCAACGGACCAUCAGUUUGUUGCGGAAGUGAGCAAGGAGUAUUUUGGACGGAGGGCGCAUGUGGAGGGGAGAAAUAUGGAUGUUUGUGGGGUCAGGAUUUGCUGA